GCAUAUGGCGGACUGACACAAGGUUUGGAUGGUCGUCCGCUAUGUGGUAUGUUUAUUGUUUAUAUAUCUGUAGCCACAGCCGCUGUCUGAUUAUAUACCUAUUACCUGUCUCUAUAACUUUUUCCUAGCAUUGAGUAAACCAUUGAAUAGUUAUUGUUAUACCUUGGUAUAAAAAUUACAAAAUAUUAAUAUGAGAGAGCAUGGUAAUUGACGGUACUGUAUAAUGUGUUCCCUGUUGACGACUCAAUUCAGUCGGACGUUGGUUAAUUUUUGUUUGUCCGUCGUCCGUUGUCGUUCGUCGUCAAUCUUAUAAACAUUUUAAAAUAGUUAUUAAUUGACAUAAGUUUCCUUGUGUUAUAUUAUAUUUAUUAAAAUCUUCAAGUAUGGCAGAUGAAAACUGGGGAGAUUGGGAUGAACCGAUUCAACAAAAAAUUAUUCAAAAGCCGAAGUAUUUAAAUCGAAAUCCAAACGAUGAAUUUAUCGAAAUCGAAUCCCGUUUGGCAGGUUUUAUUAUUGGUAAAGGUGGUUCAAAAAUCAGAAGUAUUCAACAAGAUAGUCAAGCUUUUGUAUCGGUCAUUGACAGUGAUGUAUAUGGUUUCAAAACUGUCAAGUUAUCCGGUCAAGACAAAGCUAAAGAACGAGCACGGCAAAUUAUCACUAAUAUAAUUGAAGAAAAUGAUCAAGAUAAAAUACGUCAAAAAAUGGAAAAGGAAGCUGCAUCUUAUAAACCUGAUAUUAAGCCAAUAUCAGAUAGUGAUUGGGAAGAACUUAUGAAAGAACAGGAAGAACAUUUAAAACAAAAACUUGCUGCAUUGCCUCCAAUUAUAAAACAUUUUUAUAAAGAACACCCUGAAGUGGCGGCUAUGAGCAAUGAAGAAGUUGAAGCUUUUAGAGAAUUGAAAAACAAUAUAAUGGUUAAACAUGUAGAUGAAAGUAAUGUUAGUCAAAUUCCAAAACCAGUUGUUAAAUUUUAUCAUGCAUUUGAAAAUUAUCCAGAAAUAUUAGAAGAAAUUAAAAAACAAAAUUUUGAAACUCCUUCUCCUGUACAGUGUCAAGCGUGGCCAAUUAUUAUGAGUGGACAUGAUUUAAUUGCCAUUGCUCAAACUGGUACUGGUAAAACAUUAGCAUUUUUACUUCCAGCUUUUAUUCAUUUGGAUGGCCAAGUUACUCCUCGUAAUGAACGAAAAGGGCCAUCUAUAUUAGUGUUGGCUCCAACAAGGGAGUUAGUGUUGCAAAUUGAAAGCGAAGUCAACAAAUACUCUUAUAAAGGUAUUAAAGCUAUCAGUAUUUAUGGUGGUGCUAGUUCUGGGAAGCAAAAAGAGUGUCUAAGAAAAGGAGUAGAAAUUGUUAUUGCUACCCCAGGUCGUCUUAAUGAUUUUGUCGGUAGUGGGUCCAUUGAUCUAUCAAAUGUAACGUACAUUAUACUUGAUGAAGCUGAUCGUAUGUUAGAUCUUGGGUUUGAACCUCAAAUACGUGUUUCAUUACUUCAAGUACGGCCAGAUAGACAAACGAUAAUGACCAGUGCAACAUGGCCACCUGGUGUUAAACGUCUCGCUAAAAGUUAUACAUCAAAUCCAGUUCAAGUAAUGGUUGGCUCAUUAGAUUUAACUACAGUAAAUACAGUGAAACAAGAAAUUCUUUUUAUGGAAGACGAUGAAAAAGAAGAGUGGCUUAAUAAUUUCUUAACAAAUAUAAAUGAAGACGACAAAGUUAUAAUAUUUGUCAAUAAAAAAGUAACAGUUGAUCAACUUUCAGCAGACUUGUGUAUGAAAAGGUUUAACGUUGAAUCAAUUCAUGGUGGUCGUGAACAAUCUGACCGUGAAACAGCAUUAGAAAGUAUGCGUGAUGGUAGUGUUUCUAUUCUAAUAGCUACAGAUGUUGCAUCACGAGGCAUUGAUAUUAAUGAUAUCACAGUAGUAAUUAAUUAUGAUUUUACAAAAGAUAUUGAAGAAUAUGUUCACAGAGUUGGCCGAACAGGGCGUGCAGGUAAAACUGGCCUUGCAAUAACUUUAAUGACAAGAAGAGAUUGGGCCAAAGCUAAAGAACUUGUUGAUUUAAUGGAAAAAUCUGGACAAGAAGUACCGCCUGAACUUCAUGAUAUGGCAAGAAGAUUUGAAGCAAGAAGAGAAAGAGAAAGAGCUGAAGGAGGCGACAGACCUUUUAGGGGUCGACGUGGUGGUGGUGGUGGAAGAGGUUUUUCAAAUGGAGGUGGUGGAAGAGGUUUUUCAGGUGGAGGCGGUUACGGUGGUAAUAGGAACAACAAAUGGUAACUCCAAUAGUAUUUGACAAAUUGUAUUAUUUCAUAUUGAUAAGUAAAAAUGUAAUUGAUCUUUGAAGUAUUUAUAUUUGUUAUUGUAAUAACCAUGUUAAAGUUAUUUUGUUAUAAUUCAUUAUUUUUUCUAAUAUCAAACAGUUUGACAAGUUUAAACAAACUAUAAAGUCUUUCUUGUUAACUUGUUCAUAAUACCUAAUUAAUGUAAAUAAAAGUUU